UAAGAGGAUGCCGGCAGUGAAGUUGGAGUCGCCGUCGAAUGCGUUUCAUCUGUGAAAAGAUCGUUUUCAGAUCCGCGGAAAAAUAAAGGAAAAUAUCUAUUGAAUCGAUAAAAAAUUUCAAAGUUCAUUCUCCGUUUUUCGGACGAUGACACUAGUGGGCAUCAGGAUGCAAUCCAAAAUGACGACUCUCAUCGUCUUGAUGACAUUAAUCGUCAUCUCCACGUCGAUGACGGACGCCCUGGAAGGAGAUAAUUUAUUAGAGCAUACCAUGCCGGCCUACACAAUAGCGAAAAACGCGGAUUUACUUCCGGCGUCGAGCAGAUGUCGAUAUCAAUUAGAAAAAUUCAAAAAAGGUGUUGACGACCGGAAACUCUGGAGUUUACGGAUUUUGGAUGCCAGUGGUGCGCCAAAGCCAGGAUUUGUCUACGGAAAUAAUCACUGGACAGGAUCAAAGAGUCAGUGUCAUGACACCAACAAUCCUGACCCCUUGAUCGUCAAUCCCAGGUACAUGGAGAACAUCACCUUAUUCAGAGAUUCAGCAGAAGAAACUCCUCCAUAUCCAGUUAAUUAUUUUGCUGCAAAAUUCAGGCACAAUGGAACGGUCCAGUAUCAGCAGAGACUUCAUUACGAGGAUAUCAUAAAGUUGGGGCUGUGUUUGCCCGAUGUCUGUCGUGUUGAUCAGCUUGAGAUGAUUUUGAGAAAAAUCUUUGAUGAGAGAACUUGGUCUAUUGGCAAUCUCUACCAAAUGGACUUCACUCUCAUGUCAGUCAGGGACUUGAAGAAUGACAUGACGUACCUGAUGACUUGGCGAGUCAUCGUCACGGGGAUUAUAAUCCUCGUGUCCUUGUUGCUGGUGAUCGUGGGUACUUGUUAUGAUCUUCGGGUGCAUCAGAAACGUUUACAAAAAAAUAAAACAGCGAGUCCCGGGCCUAAAGUCAGUGUAGAGAAUGGAGGCCCUUCCAAUCCGCCUCCACCGGUCAGUCGUCCAGGGGCAGCUGGUGCUAUUGUACUCUCCUUCUCGGCGUACACAAAUUCGCUAUAUAUUUUUGAUACAUCGAAAAGUAGAUCUAUGGAUUGUCUCGAUGGACUCAGGUUCUUGAGUAUGGGCUGGGUUCUACUUGUUCAUACCGCGCUUUACGGAACGUGGAUGACCGAUAAUAACAGGUGGUCAUACAGGGUGGGUGCAGAUUUCGUAACGCAGAUAAUAAGCAAUGGUUCUUUCUCAGUGGACACAUUUUUAUUCCUGAGUGGUUUUUUGAGCGCUUACAGUUUUCUCGGUGUUUGCAAACGAAAUGCCGACAAGCCGCCGAAAGGAUUUCGAUUGUGGGAACUCAUCGAUGCGAUUAUCAAGAGAUUCCUCAGACUCACUCCCCCGUAUUUAGUACUAAUUGGUCUCGCAGAAAUAACCGGUGGAUAUUUAGAGCAAACGUCUCAGUACCAUAUAUUCGACGAUUACCAGAAAUAUUGCACAACAAACUGGUGGAUGAAUCUACUGUACAUCAAUAACCUUCCGACAUUCGUCGAUCUUCCCUGCAUGUCCUGGAGUUGGUACCUAUCAGUUGACAUGCAGCUCUUCAUUAUCGGGACAGCUCUCAUGCUCAUUGGCAGAAAGUACAGGUACACAGCUCUGGGAUGUCUUAUUAUAAUGCUUCUGUCAUCCUUCGCAAUAACUGGAUACAUAGCCUACGACUCUCUUUACGCCCCAACUAUCGAGGAACUCUGGAACAGUCUAUAUGAAGUUUACUUCCCACCGUGGACUAGAAUAGGUCCAUACCUGAUUGGACUAGCCUUCUGUUACAUGUGCAACAGCAUGAAGGCCAAACCGCAAUUUAAAAAGAAAACUGUCUGGUUCCUCUGGAUUUUUGCCAGUGCUUGUCUUAUUCUCGUUGUCUUCGGAUUGUACGACAGAGAAUUCUACUUCUCCCCUAUCCCAGCAGCUAUUUAUCUUGCGUUGAGUCGGUCUGUUUGGGCGAUUGGUAUUGCAUGGAUUGUCUUCGCAUGUGUAAAUAAUUACGGCGGAAUCGUCAACUCGAUUCUCUCUAGCAAAAUAAUGCAGCCAGGGAGUCGAUUGACGUAUUGUGCUUAUCUGCUCAAUCCACUGAUCAUUUCCACCUACUACAUGAUCGGCGAGAUCGGCCUUCACAUUGACUUCGUGGCAAAUCUCGUUCUUUUCUUGGGAUUCUUCGUCACGACUUUUCUCUUCGCGUACAUCUACUCGUUGGUCUUCGAAUUACCUUACAUGCAUCUGAUAAAAAUGUAUUAUACCGCACGAAUGGAGGCCCGAAGCACCAAAAAUUCGAGCAGCUCAAUGUAAAGAAAAUAAAUUUGAAUUGUGAUUGUGA